UUGGUUGAUUUAGUCAAGUCUCGGCCGUACAGUGUCGCGGUUGGCUUUUUUGUGUGCUGCUGUUCGGUUCGGUUCGGUGGUGUGUUCGUCCGGAAGAAAAGUUUAACUAAAAAAUUUCCUCAAUUAUUAGCCACCUAAAUCCAAAGUGCAAUUUGUUCUACAUUACGUGCAAAUGUAGAGUUUGUUUCCGAGCGGAGGUCGAGUGCGUGUGAUUGUAAAAUCAUAACUUUUGGUUGAAAAUCUCGACCGCGAGCGCGUGUGUGUUUUGUGCCUGGACUUAGAAAAUUUUUCUUCUUUUCCGUGUUGGCAACCACCAGACCAAGUCACAUUUUCUGAAUUUCCUGUGGCACCGCGAGGAGAACAGCACGCCACGCCAUGAGCGUCGAGACGGAAGUGGCCAACCCCCAGGACUCGGCAAAACCGACGAACGGGUCGUCCGGUGACCGGCCGAACGGCGUAAGCAACGGUCACUCUGGUGGCGGCUCCUCCAGCGGAGGCGGCGGUGGUGGCAGUGGUGAAGAGCGCCACAAGAGCCACAAAAGCUCCAGCAAGGACAAACACCGCGACAAGGACCGGGAUCGCGAGAAGGACAAGCACCGUGACAAGGACCGCGACAAGCACAAGAGCAGCAGCUCGUCCUCGUCCAAGGACAAGGACAAAUCCAGCAGCAGUAGCAGCAAGGAUAAAGACCGCGAUCGGCACAGCAGCUCGCACAAGAGCUCCAAAAGCGACAAGGACCGUGACCGGGAGAAGGACAAGGAUCGGAAGGAUCGCGACAAGGACAAGUCCAGCAGUAGCAGUAGCAAGGACAAGGAUCGCGACCGGGACAAGGACAAGCACAAGAGCAGUUCGUCGUCGUCCAAGGACAAAUCCAGCAGCAGCAGCAGCAGCAAAGACAAGGACCGGGACCGGGAUAAGGACAAGCACAAGAGCAGCUCUUCGUCGUCGUCUAAGGACAAAUCCAGCAGCAGCAGCAAGGACAAGGACCGCGACCGGGAUAAGGACAAGCACAAGAGCAGUUCGUCGUCGUCGUCGUCCAAGGACAAAUCUAGCAGCAGCAGUAGCAAGGAUAAGGACAGACAUUCCAGCAGCAAAGAUAAAGACCGCAAGGAUCGCGAUCGCAGCGAUAAGCACUCGUCCAAGGACAGGGAUCGUGACCGCAAGGAAAAAAUCAAGGAGGAACCAGCUCCGAUAAAGGAAGAACCAGAAGCACCGGUUGAGACUCAGCCGGAGCCGGCGCCGCCAGUACAGGAGCCAGAACCUGUACGCAACGGAAACUACAGCAACGAAUCAUCCCAGGAUGUUCGCGAAUUCAAGGAGGAUCCGCUGGAGCUGUCGCAGGCCAGCUCGUGCAACUACUCGCUGUCCCAGUUCCGGCCCGAUGAGACCCCGUUCGUGAUCAAGGAGGAGGCUCCGGAGGAAACGUUCGAGGCAUCCCAGCCCGCGGUCAAGCAGGAGUCGGACUCCGAGGACGACGUCCCGCUGUCCAAGCGCAAGAAGAAGGAAGACGACGAGGACUUUGAUGGCGGAAGCACCAAGAAGAAGGUCAAAACCGAAAAGAAGGACAAGAAGAAGAAGCGUGCGUACGAGUCGGAAGCGGAAGAGGAGGACGAGAGCGACGAUUACGGCGCGGCCAAGAAGAAAGCCAAAAAAGCCAAACCGAAACCAGCACCGGCUGCCGUGAAGAAGGAAAACAAAACAAAGGUCAAGACUGAGGUAAAGCAGGAGACGGCCAGCCCCACCAAGGGAGGACGCAAGAAGAAACAGGAGGAGGAACAGGAGGUCUGGAAAUGGUGGGAGGAGGAAAAGCGCGAAGAUGGCGUCAAGUGGAACUUCCUGGAGCACAAGGGGCCGGUGUUUGCGCCCCCGUACGAUCCCCUCCCGGAGAACGUCAAGUUCGAGUACGACGGCAAGGUGAUGAAGCUGUCCCAGGACACGGAGGAGGUGGCGGGUUUCUACGCGCGGAUGAUCGAGCACGAGUACACCUCGAAGGACGUCUUCAACGACAACUUCUUCAAAGACUGGCGCAAAACGAUGACCUCCUCGGAGCGGGAGAAAAUCAAGGAUCUCAAAAAGUGCAACUUCAAGUAUAUGCACGCGUACUUUACCGAUCUGUCCGAGAAGAACCGGAACCGCUCCAAGGAGGAGAAGCUGGCCCUGAAGGAGCAGAACGAAGCGCUGGUCAAGGAGUACGGCAUUUGUAACAUCGACGGACACAAGGAAAAGAUCGGUAACUUUAGGAUUGAACCGCCGGGAUUGUUCCGUGGUCGCGGUGAACAUCCCAAGAUGGGUCUGGUGAAGCGUCGAGUUAUGCCCGAAGAUGUGAUCAUCAACUGUGCAAAGGACAGCGUUUACCCAAAGGCCCCAGAAGGUCAUCGCUGGAAGGAGGUUCGUCACGACAACACGGUGUCGUGGUUGGCGUCGUGGACGGAGAACGUCCAGGGUCAGGUGAAGUACGUCAUGUUGAACCCGAGCUCGAAGCUGAAGGGCGAAAAGGAUUGGCAAAAGUACGAAACGGCCCGCCGGCUGUUGAAGCACAUCGACAAAAUCCGCGACACGUACCGCGACGAGUGGAAGAGCAAGGAGAUGCGCAUCCGGCAACGGGCCGUGGCGUUGUACUUUAUCGAUAAGCUAGCCCUUCGAGCGGGUAACGAAAAGGACGAAGAUCAGGCCGAUACCGUCGGUUGCUGCUCGCUGCGCGUGGAACACAUCGAGCUGCACAAAGAGCUCAACGGCAAGGAGAACGUGGUGGUGUUCGAUUUCCUCGGUAAGGAUUCCAUCCGGUACUACAACGAGGUCGAGGUCGAGAAGCGAGUGUUCAAAAACUUGGAACUCUUCAAGGAGAACAAAAAACCCGGCGACGAUCUGUUCGACCGGUUAAACACGUCCGUACUGAACGAGCAUUUGCGCGACCUGAUGGACGGACUCACCGCCAAGGUGUUCCGUACGUUCAACGCGUCCUUCACGCUGCAGAACCAGCUGGCCGAGCUGACCGACCCGAACAUGACCGUGCCGGAGAAGAUGCUGGCGUACAACCGCGCGAACCGUGCCGUCGCCAUCCUGUGUAACCAUCAGCGGGCGGUGCCCAAGACGCACGACAAGAGUAUGUCCAACCUGAAGGAGAAGAUCCGCUUGAAGAAGGAAGCCGUCGAGACGUGCCAGCGCGAGCUGAAGGACAUGAAGCGGGGCGGCUCGGUGAAGGGUUCCGUCGACCGGGACAAGAAGCAAAAGCAGCUGGAACGACUCAAGGAUCAGCUGAAGAAGCUCGAACUGCAAGAGACUGACAGAGACGAGAACAAGACGAUCGCCCUCGGCACGUCCAAGCUCAACUAUCUGGAUCCGCGUAUCUCGGUGGCAUGGUGCAAAAAGUUUGACGUCCCCAUCGAGAAGAUCUUCAACAAAACGCAACGUGACAAGUUCCGGUGGGCCAUCGACAUGGCCGACGAAACUUAUGUGUUUUAAGCUGCUGCUGCUGCUUCCGGGACAAACCGUGGGACGAGAACGGCUGCGUCGACACGUAACUGCUAGUUGGCCGUAAAUACAGUGUGUAGUAGCAAUAAUUUUAAUUACUCAAAGGGCGUAAUAUCGAAGGGAGAUAUUACAGAUUAUAGAAGUAACCGAGUGUUCUUUUUUGUUGAGCGCUCACACCCACGAUUGAGGUUCUCGAAAGUGUGCGGCACUAUAUCAAGCUGAAAGUAUAAAUUAAAUAAGCUGUGUAAACUCUGUACAUAGAUAUCUAUCCGUCAACAGCCAAUCGCGUUGCGACCACAGAUUGUAAGCAAAACCACCACAACGGUAGCAAACACACACAAACACACAGAAAGGGAAAAAGACAACUCCCAUCCCUUUUAUGAUUUAGCUAGAGUUUUGAGUAGAUUUAUUUUAUCCGUUUCUUGCGGGCGUCGUUGACGCACGCGGAAGGUUGUUUUAAUACUUGUCCUUAUGAAAUGUUUUCCAGCGAAAGAAAAUUAUACAUAUUUUAGAUAUUCAUCAUUUUUUUGUGUGCGUGCGAGCUCCCGAAUUUCCCAAAAUCAUCAGCGGGACAGCGCGGAACUGACCGACACCAGGACUUAUAUAGAAAUUUAAACUAACAAAACAUUCAACGCGCACCGUAUCGUUAUUUAUUUAUGAAAAGAAGGGUAAAAAUCAUCCAGACUGUUGAACAAUAAAAAUCCCUUUUUCCUUAGCA